AUGGCGGCUGUAAUGGGCUGUGAGGCGUCCUUCGUGCGCCAUCGUCAUUACAGGCCGUCGCCGCUCAUUCCGUGUCUGGAUGGUUUCAUGGUCAUUGAAAUGCAGCUUCUGACAGGGAGCUCGGCCGAUAGUCCCACACACGCCCCACAGGUGCUGAGCGUGGGAGGAGGACUCGGGGUGGCCGUGGACCUCGGCGAAGGCGGCGUUUUUGAAGCUGCGGAGAACGAGCCAGCCAACGUGGAGGAGCUAGCCUUCAAGUUCGCCGUCACCAGCAUCAACAGGAACCGCGGCCUGGUGCCCAACGCCACCCUCACCUACGACAUCCAGAGAAUCGCCCCUUUCGACAGCUUCGACGCCUCGCAGAGAGGUCUGAUCCGCCUGCAGGAGCUCAUCAAGGCGCCCUCCAGACACAACCUCCGGCUCCGGAUCCGGCAGCUGCCACCCGGGACCCAGGACACCAAGGCCCUGCUCAAGGAGAUGAAGGGGGCCCGCGAGUUCCACGUGAUCUUCGACUGCUCCCUGGAGACCGCCGCCCAGGUCCUGCAGCAGAUCCUGUUCAUGGGCAUGAUGACCGAGCACUACCACUACCUCUUCACCACCCUGGCCCAGUGGGACGGCCUGACCGGGCGGAUCGCCUUCAACAAGACGGACGGCCUGAGGAAGGACUUCGACCUGGACAUCCUCGGUCUCGGGGAGGAAGGCACCGAGAAGCCUCCAGGCCCCGCCCAUUGGAACCCCAGGCCCAGGCUUGCCCCGCCCCCUCAGCCUGAGUGGCACCACCUCCUGGAGGAGCCCUACGUGAUGUACAGGAAGUCGGACCAGCCCCUUUUCGGAAAUGACAGGUUCGAAGGGUACUGCCUGGACCUUCUGAAGGAGCUGUCCUCCAUGCUGGGCUUCAUUUACGACGUCAGACUCGUCCCCGACGGCAGAUACGGAGCCCAGGACGACCAGGGCGAGUGGAACGGGAUGGUCCGGGAGCUGAUGGACCACAGGGCGGACCUGGCCGUGGCCCCGCUCACCAUCACCUACGUGCGCGAGACGGUCAUCGACUUCUCCAAGCCCUUCAUGACCCUGGGCAUCGGCAUCCUCGACCGCAAGCCCCGCGGCGCCAGCCCCGGCGUCUUCUCCUUCCUCCGCCCGCUGGCGCCCGACGUCUGGCUGUGGGCGCUCCUCUCCUGCCUGGGCGUCAGCUGCGUGCUCUUCGUGGUUGCGAGGUUCACGCCCUACGAGUGGUACAACCCCCACCCGUGCAGCCCGGACCCGGACGUGGUGGAGAACAGCUUCACUUUGCUGAACAGCAUCUGGUUCGGAGUUGGAGCCCUCAUGCAGCAAGGGUCGGAGCUCGCGCCCAAGGCGCUGUCCACCAGGAUCCUCGCCGGCAGCUGGUGGUGCUUCGCCCUCGUCAAGUCUAGGAUCUCCACCUAUGAGAAGAUGUGGGCCUUCAUGGGCAGCAGGCAGCAGACGGCCCUGGUGAGGAGCAGCGAGGACGGCAUCCAGCGCGUGCUCACCGCCGACUACGCGCUGCUCAUGGAGUCGACCAGCAUCGAGUAUGUGACCCAGAGGAACUGCAGCCUCACGCAGAUCGGGGGCCUCAUCGACUCCAAGGGCUACGGCGUGGGGACCCCGAUGGACAGCCCCUCCCUGUCCCUGCAGAAGUCUAGGAUCUCCACCUAUGAGAAGAUGUGGGCCUUCAUGGGCAGCAGGCAGCAGACGGCCCUGGUGAGGAGCAGCGAGGACGGCAUCCAGCGCGUGCUCACCGCCGACUACGCGCUGCUCAUGGAGUCGACCAGCAUCGAGUAUGUGACCCAGAGGAACUGCAGCCUCACGCAGAUCGGGGGCCUCAUCGACUCCAAGGGCUACGGCGUGGGGACCCCGAUGGGCUCCCCGCUCCCCCCCCUGGUGCUGGGGGCCGGCCUGGUGCUGUCGGUGUUCGUGGCCGUGGGCGAGUUCCUGUACACGUCCCGUGGGAGCAGCGACGCCCAGCAGUGCCUCUCCUUCAACGCCAUCAUGGAAGAGCUGGGCAUCCCACUCAAGAACCAGAAAAAGUUAAAGAAAAAGUCGAGAACUAAGGGGAAAUCUGCCUUCGCCAGUCUCCUCACUUGUCGCCCGAGACGGACUCUGCGCAGGGAGGCGGCGGGGCCUCCCAAGACGGCGCCCGCGGGCAACUGCCAGCACGGGGGCCAUCAGCGGGUCACCAUGAAGUCAGUGCAAGGGCAUCUCUGGCCGAAGGCGGGGCGACCUCAUCUGGGCUUCCUGGGCGGCCUCCUCAAGCUGCCCCAGAAGCAGCGCUGUGAGCCAUGCCCCUUCGAGGGCGGGGCCGGCCUCAGCAGGACGAAGGCCGCCCUGGGGGAAGGGCAGCCCUUGGUGCCUCAGCCCUUGGUGCUCCUUGCGAUGCUGGGAGCCGCCUUCGGCUGA